AUGGCACUCUUCAGGAGUGCUAUGGCACUCUUCAGGAGUGCUAUGGCACUCUUCAGGAGUGCUAUGGCACUCUUCAGGAGUGCUAUGGCACUCUCCAGGAGUGAGUGCUAUGGCACUCUUCAGGAGUGCUAUGGCACUCUUCAGGAGUGCUAUGGCACUCUUCAGGAGUGCUAUGGCACUCUUCAGGAGUGCUAUGGCACUCUUCAGGAGAGUGCUAUGGCACUCUUCAGGAGUGCUAUGGCACUCUGCAGGAGUGCUAUGGCACUCUGCAGGAGUGCUAUGGCACUCUUCAGGAGUGCUAUGGCACUCUUCAGGAGUGCUAUGGCACUCUUCAGGAGUGCUAUGGCACUCUUCAGGAGUGCUAUGGCACUCUUCAGGAGUGCUAUGGCACUCUUCAGGAGUGCUAUGGCACUCUUCAGGAGUGCUAUGGCACUCUUCAGGAGUGCUAUGGCACUCUUCAGGAGUGAGUGCUAUGGCACUCUUCAGGAGUGCUAUGGCACUCUUCAGGAGUGCUAUGGCACUCUUCAGGAGUGCUAUGGCACUCUUCAGGAGUGCUAUGGCACUCUGCAGGAGUGCUAUGGCACUCUGCAGGAGUGCUAUGGCACUCUGCAGGAGUGCUAUGGCACUCUGCAGGAGUGCUAUGGCACUCUUCAGGAGUGCUAUGGCACUCUUCAGGAGUGCUAUGGCACUCUUCAGGAGUGCUAUGGCACUCUUCAGGAGUGCUAUGGCACUCUUCAGGAGUGCUAUGGCACUCUUCAGGAGUGA